AUGGGCGACAACAUUCAUGCUCCUACUGUGGCCUCUGGACCGACAUCCGGGGGCAUCCAGCGUGACUGGUCCAAAUUGUCGAUGCCUGAAUUGAUGCAGGAGAAGGAGAAGAUCGAAGAGGAGCUCAAGGCGCUCAGCGCAGUGCUGACCUCGCAUGGAGUCACUAUGCGCUCGACUCUCACAACCUUUGACGGCUACCCUCGCGACGAUAUCGACAUCCCACAGGUACGGAUUACGCGAGUACGCAUGAUUCACAUUCAAAACGACCACAAACAAAUUAUGACGUACCUCGAGAAAGGUCUGCAUGCACACUUUGCGCAACUGCAGAAAGCCCAGGCCACUGCCGCGACCAAUGGUACUAGUGUAUCUUCCCACGCACCACCUCCUGUUCUUGAGAGCAGCAUUGCCGAUGCGAGUGUUAUCGGAACACCAUUUGCCAAGGUCAACAGCGUUGAAUCACGAAGUCCGGCGGAUCAGGCAGGUCUUAAAGCUGGCGACUUGGUUCGGGCCUUUGGAAGUGUGAAUUGGUUAAAUCAUGAGCGUCUUUCCAAGGUCGCAGAGGUGGUUCAACAAAAUGAAGGGCGACCCGUUGUGAUCAAGGUAUCGCGCAAGGAGGAAGGUGGAUUACGUACUACCGAAGUAGAGCUGCAGCUCACUCCUCAGCGUAAUUGGGGAGGUCGGGGACUUCUAGGAUGUCACCUGAUUCCGCUUUAG